AUGUUCUAUUUUUAUAUCUUUUUUGUUUCAUUUCUUUCUUUUUCUCUCUUUCUUUUUCUUUCUUUCUUUCUCUCUCUUUCUUUUUCUUUCUUUUUCUCUUUUUCCUUAGCUGCCUCUCUUUCUUUUUCCUGUCUUUCUUUCUCUUUUCUGUCUUUCUUUUUCUCCCUUUCUUUCUUUUUCUCUCUUUCUUUUUUGUCAUUUUUUUUUUUUUCUUUCUUUCUUUUUUCUUUCAUUCUUUUUUCUUUCUUUCUUUUUCUCGCUUUCUUUUUUGUCAUUUUUUCUUUUUCUUUCUUUCUUUUUUCUUUCAUUCUUUUUUCUUUCUUUCUUUUUCUCGCUUUCUUUUUUGUCAUUUUUUCUUUUUCUUUCUUUCUUUUUUCUUUCUUUCUUUUUUCUUUCUUUCUUUCUUUUUCUCGCUUUCUUUUUUGUCAUUUUUUCUUUUUCUUUCUUUUUUUCUUUCUUUCUUUCUUUCUUUUUCUCGCUUUCUUUUCGUUUUCUGUCUUUCUUUCUUUUUCUCUUUCUUUCUUUUCCUCUCUUUUUCUUUCAUUAUUUUUCUGUCUUUCUUUCUUUCUUUUUUCUGUUUUCUUUCUUUUUCUGCCAUUUUUCCGCUCCCGUUUUUCUUUCUUUUUCUUUCUUUCUUUCUUUUUCUUUCUUUCUCUUUCUCUCUUUCUUUAUUUUUCGUCUUCUUUCGUUAAGUCCUUGCACGCUCAUUACUUCUUCCUUUUUCAUUCAUUAUUUAAUUCACUCUUUCUUUAA